GGCAUCGAUAGGUGCUUUAUUGAGCACAUUUUUUCAUAAUGGAAACUGAACGUCCUGCAUACCGAAAAGAUUAUAUCUACGAGAAGGCUUUUAAGACGUUUUAUAAACUCCACAAUACUGCGGCGACGUGGCCCGAUGCCAAGAUACGAUGCGAAGCAGAAGGCUCCGAGUUAAUGAUACCUGAAUCGUUAGACGAGGCGGACGCAAUGCCGGUGCUAAUCACAGCCGUACUUAGCAAAUACAACGGGGUUUAUGUAGGAAUACAUGACUUGUAUUCGGAAAGGACAUACGUAACUUUGAAAGGAAAACUCAUGCAAGACACCAUUUUGAAUUUACUUUGGGAGAGAAAUGAGCCGAGACCCAACGGUGGUCGAUGUUUAGCAAUGCAACGGAGCGGUCGCUUUUUCGUGAACCCAUGUACACAGCCAUUACCGUUCAUCUGCAAGACAAAAGCGGAAAAAAUAACUUAUAAUAAAGAAUGCAAAUCGUUCGAUAAACGAUGGAAACUGGGCUCGAAAAAUAUUUGUUUCUAUAUGCAUACGGAACCGCAAACAUGGUAUCAAGCCUACAUGACAUGUUUGGCUUCUGGUGGACAUCUGCUUAUAGUUAACGAUCGCAAUGAAGCCAAAUAUGUGAGGGAUUUGUUUAAAGAAACGCCUGAAAGGAGAGUUCCGGAUAACGAGUUUGCUUUUUUGGGCUUCAGCGACCUAUUUCAAAGGCACAAUUUUAAAACCAUACAUGAUCAGAAAAUCGAAGACGUAGGCUACUCCGAUUGGGAUGUCAAGUGCUCCCAAAACGAGAAAUCCGUACCCCAACGCUGCGGUGGUGUUCGACGAAAUGGUCUUCUGACCACCGGUGACUGUAACGUGCCGGCCAUGUUUUUUUGCGAAAAACCCCUCAAUGCAACGGUCUCCAAGCAGGCGUUACGACAAAGAGUAAAAAAGGCGAAGCCUGCACUGCAGAGUCAAGCACAAAUGAUUUCUGCAGACGGUCUGUUUGAAGAUAUUCUAUAAUAGCUAUGCUGUCUGUACACUAUUCGUGGCGACAAAAAAAUAAAAAUACAGUCUGUGCUGCA